CGCGGGACUGGACCAAGUCGGCGCCCCGGAGGGAGGCUGCCCGGGAUGUGGUAAUUCUCGCGGGAAGAUGCAUCGUUGCCUCGGCAACGGCGUCGCGGUCGCGAAAGAUGGCGGGGCGAAGUCUCGGCCUCAGGAGACGGAGUGUUUCCGGGACUCCGCUCCCGCCACGCGUUCAGCAGCCUGCUACACCUCGACGGGACCUCCUCGCCAAGGAGGAAGAAUAUAAGCGUUUAAAUGCAGAAUUGGAGGCAAAAACGGCUGAUCUGGUUCGACAAGCUGAGGAAGUAAUAAGAGAUCAGCAAGAAGUACGAUCUAGGCCUACUUCAACACAAAUUAAAUCAUAUGAAGAAGAAGAUGAUUACAGUUUAAGAGGUCUAUUGUCAUCUGAAGGGACAGUUCAUGUACAUUCGGAAACUAAGCCAAAGACCAAAAACAUUGAUCCACUAAAUAAGGUUCAAAACAAACUACACUCUGCAAAUAAAGGAAGGAAAACAAACUCGAGUAUAAAACUGAAAUACCCUGAUGUACAAACUGCCAAUGAUGUUGCCAUUCCAGAGGAUUUCUCAGACUUUUCUCUUGCAAAAACAAUUAGCAAAAUUGAAGGGCAACUGGAGGAAGAAGGCUUACCUGAUUAUAUAGAUGAUGAUAUUUUUUGUGGUGCUAGUAAAGACAUCGGAACAGAGGCACAGAUCAGAUUUUUAAAGGCCAAACUCCGUGUCAUGCAGGAGGAAUUGGAUAAUGUUGUGUGUGAAUGCAAUAAAAAGGAGGAUGAAAUUCAGGAUUUAAAGUCUCAAGUAAAAAACUUUGAAGAAGAUUGUGUGAGACAGCAGCGAACAAUUAAUUUGCAACAGUCUCAAACAGAAAAAUAUAAAACUCUUUUCGAAGAAGCAAACAAAAAAUGUGUUGGAUUACAGCAACAGCUGUCUUCAGUAGAAAGGGAAUUAGAAAAUAAAAGAAGACUACAAAAACAGGCUGCCACUAGUCAAAGUGCCACAGAAGUCCGUUUGAAUAGAGCUCUAGAAGAAGCAGAAAAAUAUAAAUUAGAGUUAAGUAAAUUAAGGCAAAAUAACAAGGAUGUAGUGAAUGAAGAACAAAAAAAAAUUGAAGCAUUAAAAUCAGAAAACAAGAAGCUAGAAAAACAAAAAGGAGAAUUAAUGAUAGGAUUCAAGAAACAAUUAAAAUUAAUUGAUGUUUUAAAAAGGCAGAAGAUGCAUAUUGAAGCUGCCAAGAUGCUGUCUUUCACUGAAGAGGAAUUUAUGAAGGCACUUGAAUGGGGAAAUUCAUAAGUGAUCUACUCUAAUUAGUCUGUAUAGCCAACUGUGCGUGAUGGGUAUAUGUUUUAUUUAAGUUGUAAUAGUUUGAAUUAUUUGAUAAUGAAAUCAAAAUACUUCUAAAGAAUUCCCUGUUUAAAUUUGGGGAAUACAAAAUUGAUAGUGUUAUUGGGAAAAGGAAAUAUUUUGUAAAAUAAAGCAAUAUGAAAUAA